AUGCUAGGUAAGGGGUGCAGGUAGCAACCUGUGGAGACUUUGACUUUGAGUAGGCAAGCAACAGACUUCCACUGCCACCAAAACCACCGUCUCCACCUCCCCUGACCCAGUGGAAGCGAUCUGAUUAGCCAAAGAGGGAGUUUCCGCCCUAUGCGCUUAGCUCGCAGACGCGCACACUUGAGCGGCAGCUGUCUGCCAGUGGUCACUUGCAAAGGGUGACAAAGGUACUCUUUACUCCUCCCCUCUCGUUCUCCAGGUCGACCGCAUAUGAUUUUGCCAUUUGACUUUGUCUGUCAACAACGUAGUUUGCGCGACGCGCUAGAUGGAACCCCCACGUCUAAUGGACGUAGCGUGACCAGUGGGUUCGGUUCUCCACCACCACCACCACCACCACCACCACCACCACCACCACCACCACCACCACCACCACCACCACCACCACCAUCACGUCCCUCUCCUCCUCCCUCCGGUGCUAACAUAUCCGCCCAUCUUCAUCAAAUCAGCAGCAACAGAUGGCAGUGA